GUCUCCUUUCUCUCCUCUCCGGUUGCAUUCCCUGGUAAUUCGACUCGGACUGCGUCCCUAGCUGUGAUGUCUCGACGUGCUACGCCGUCCCAGGCUGCUCAGAACCAGCAGAUCAUUAAGAGUCUGCUGAAACUCGAACAAAACAAGAUAUGUGCCGAUUGCAAGCGCAAUAAGCAUCCUAGAUGGGCAUCAUGGAACCUGGGCAUCUUCAUCUGUAUCCGUUGCUCGGGCAUUCAUCGCGGCAUGGGCACCCAUAUUAGUCGGGUGAAGUCAGUCGACCUCGACUCAUGGACGGAUGAACAACUUCAGAGUGUCGUAAGAUGGGGAAAUGCUAGGGCCAACAAAUAUUGGGAAGCGAAACUGGCACCCGGUCACGUCCCCUCGGAAGCGAAAAUUGAGAACUUCAUCCGGACUAAGUACGAGUCCAAGCGAUGGGUUAUGGACGGCCCGAUGCCCGAUCCUAAGACCCUGGAUAUUGGCGACGACGACGUGCCUCUCGCAGUAGUUCAAGAAAAAGCGAAGAUUGAACGCUCCGCUUCUCAGCGUGUGGCCGCGUCUAGUCAACCCGCAGUCCAUCGCCAGCAACAGUCCAUCGAUCUAUUCGCCGACGACGAUAUCGCCCCUCCCGCGCGCCCUAGCACAACAGAACCCACCCCCCGGGCACCACCUAAGCAACCACAGUCUGCUCCUGCUCCUAAGCCAGCGGCUCGUCCCGGGGAUUCGUUGCUGGGUCUGGACUUCUUCGGAAGCACUCAGCCUGCUCCUACCAGCCGCCCAGCUAGUACGGCCUCGACCCCCACCGGCUCGACCGGGAUGUCUAGGCCCGAUCUGAAGCAGUCGAUUCUUUCGCUAUACUCAAAGCCCCCGCCUGCUACGACGCAGCACGAGCGUACAUCUUCAUUUGGCGAUCUGGCAUCCCCCGCACCGGGUUCAUCGGCCUCCAACAUGGGCGGCUUGACCGAUGCUUUCAGCGGACUGAGCAUUCCCUCGUCCGCUUCCCCUCCGGCCCCUAAACCGGCCGAGAAACCCUCACCUUUCGCUAACUUGACGAGCUUUGCCAGCAUGAAGUCUACGCCAGCAGCUCCCAAAGUGUCUUCGCCCACUGCCUCCGUUGGAAGUGGAGGUGGUAGUCUGUUUGAUAGCCUCACUUCUCCCACUGUUCCCCCGCCGAAGCCGCAGUCCCGGACCGCAUCGAUCUCGUCGAACGGUCUGGACGCGGGUUUCACCAGCUUUGCGUCUCCUCCGCCGCCGAAGCCUAACCCCCCUAAGUCGCCCUUGUCUGACGACUUGUUCGGGCUUUCUUCGCCGGCCCCGGCCCCGCCGGCUGCAGUCUCGCCUCCAUCGGCAUUCACGUCUACCUCUCCGCAGCAGGAGUUGAAGUCUGCUUUCAACCUUACCCCAGCUCCCGCCCCGGCCCCGGCUCCGAAGCCAUCAGUGGCUAGCACCACCUCCUCCGUUGCGAGCGUGCUUCCUCCAAGUACCAUUGAUCCCUGGGGAGGUAAUGCGUGGAGCACCCCGGAACCUGCGCCCGCAGCACCUGCCGCUUCGGCUUCGAUGAUGAAGGUGCCUGACACUCUGACAGCCAACGAUAUCGGUGCGGGCUGGGGCGCUCCGGCUUUGUCGGCCGGUUCCAAGCCGGCCCCAACUGUCGCUGCCGAUGAGGACUUUGGCGGAUGGGCCAGCGCGGCACCCAUCUCGUCGACCACCACCACUACGACUACCACCACUAAUGCUCCUUCCAAGCCGGCGGGCGGGUUUGGCGGAGCGGACGAUCUAUUUUCUAAUGUUUGGGAGUAAGGGCUGUGCGCCAUCUCGCUUUUGCCUCUUUGCACAUAUUUGUGGUGUUUAUCGUCUAUCUAAUAGACUUGAGCGGCAGGUUUCUAAUGUCAUUUCAUUUCUAUUCCGUUCUUAUCCAUUGUAGCCGCUUUCUCCUUGCUUGUCUCCUAUUCUCUGCUUUGGUGCCGUGCUUUUUCUCUUUUUCCUUUCCUUUCUCACGCAUGCCUAGGGAUGGACAUUGGGUUCGGAUUGUAAAAUGGGUGGGGUUACGGGUCCAUACUUUAAUGUAGUCAUGCCAUACGUGUCAUUUAUUCCCAAUGCAUCCUUGCAUAUUUACGAC